UGAAAAGACGUUGACGAAGAAGAAAGAACCGGAAGUAUUAAGACGUCAAAAAAUUGGCGUAGUUCAACAAGAUACUUAUUGCUAAUUGAACAGUUUUGUCUCGAUUAACAUGUCUGGAACUGCCUCAGUUGCGGGUGAAGUGUUUGUUGAUGCAUUACCUUAUUUUGACCAAGGUUACGAUGCUGCCGGUGUCAGAGAAGCCGCUGCAGCAUUAGUAGAGGAGGAGACCAGAAGAUACAGACCAACCAAGAACUACCUGAGCUACCUGCCAACUCCUGACUUUUCUGCUUUUGAGACAGAAAUUAUGAAGAAUGAAUUUGAUCGCCUUGCAGCACGACAACCAAUGGACCUCCUUAGCAUGAAGAGGUAUGAGCUGCCAGCGCCCCCUUCAGGUCAAAAGAAUGACAUUACAGCUUGGCAGGAGUGUGUGAACAACUCCAUGGCCCAGUUAGAGCACCAGGCCAUUCGCAUCGAGAACCUGGAGCUCAUGUCACAGUACGGAACCAACGCUUGGAAAGUCUACAACGAUAACCUAGCCUUCAUGAUCGAGGUGGCUCAAAAGGAACUGCAGAAAUUCAGGAAACAAAUUCAAGAUUUGAAUUGGCAGCGUAAAAAUGACCAGUUAGCCGGAGGAGCCAAACUGCGAGAACUGGAGUCGAAUUGGGUAUCGCUGGUCAGCAAGAACUAUGAGAUUGAGCGGGCCAUCAUACAUCUAGAAAACGAAAUCGGUCAGCUCAGACAGCAGCAGGGCGACGAGAACAAGGAAAACAUUCGGCAGGAUUUCUGACCUACAAAACGUAUUCAUUUUGUCAGAUGCGUCCUUUUUUGUAUUUUUUUUAAUAAAGACAAAAGAAAGUCAAAAUGGAGGAAAGCCAACAUUUGGAAAGGUGUCUUUGAGAACAGACCAAGGAGGGACCUUCACGAUGCUGAAUGACUUCCUAUUUUCAGCCAAGAGCAGAUUUGAAGUAUGACGCUGGACCUGAUUGAUUGUUUCUUGUCACUUUGUCUUUUAUCACCAGCGCUCUUCAUCAGCUCAAUUUUUUGGGGGCAUUUUAAUAAAGUCAACAUUUAUUUCCUAAA